AUGUUUCAGGCAGGUGGAAAUUCGGAUGAAGGUCUCUUCGACUACCUCCACAUGGAGCUGGUGUCCACGCUGCUGCAGCCGGAGCGGAACCCAGGCAUUCACCUGAGCAUUUCCACCAUGGAGCACCUGGGCUUCUCGAGCGGCUACCGCCUGGUGGAGCGCCUCACCCGCGAGUGGCCCCGCUUCAAGGACGAGCUCGACUCCAUGAAAUUCAUCUGCAAGGAGUUCUGGACGGCAGUGUUCCGCAAGCAGGUGGACAACCUGCGAACCAACCGCCAGGGCGUCUACGUCCUGCAGGACAACCGCUUCCGGCACCUCGCCAAGGUGUCCACGUCUGGCCAGUACAUGGAAGCGGCACCCAAGCUGGUCGUGUUUACGUGCGGCCUGGUGCGCGGCGCCCUGGCAAAUCUGGGCAUCGUUUCUGUGGUGACAGCUGAGGUUUCAGCCAUGCCCAUCUGCAAGUUCCAGGUCCAGAUCCAACGUGCCAGUGCCUGA